AUGAAGUCCUCAAGAUUUUUGAACGAGUCUCAGGCGGCUCUGGUGAAACAAUCAUGGCCGAUGAUUGUUUCGAAUGGUUUUUGGACUUCGUUUUAUACCAAUCUGUUCAAGAGAAGUCCAUCGUAUCAAUUACAAUUCGAUCGUUUCGCUCAUGUUCCGUUUGAAGAGCUCGAGUCGAACGUUCACUUUUUGGCACACUCUUUCAGGACUGGAUUUGCAUUUAACGCAGCUAUUGGACUCUUGGAAACACCCGACGAGUUGCACAAAAUCUUAGUGGAUUUGGGAGAAAAACAUCGCAAAUUUCGUCUCACGGCCGAACAUUUCGAGGUCGUCAAAGACGUACUGACGUCUAUGAUCGAGGACCGAUUGCCGGCUAUAGACGGACCUGACAGAGUCGAGCUUCUGGCGGAGGCGUGGAAGCCGUGCAUAACCUUGGUGAUCGGAGUGAUCAUGGAUUCGGCGACCGCGACCACGGUUAAUUAA